UGGCCCUUUAAGGGGCGCGGCCGCGGUUCCUGCCCGCCGCCAGGCGGCGCGCGGCGCCGCAGGGGAAGUUCCGCCCCUUCCCCCGGGGCCGCGGGUUCGAGUCCCGGCCCCGCCGCUUCCGCCUCCGGGGCCGGGCCGGGGUCGCGCCGCUGCCAUGUCCUGCCACUUCCAGAAGCUUUUUGGGACGGACGGGGAGCUGGAGGACGAGGAUUUCCUCUCCGCUGUGGAAGAUGCAGAAAACCAGUUUGUGAUCCCCAGGCAUUCCUCAGCCAGCGUCACCCCAGUUCCUCCCAGUGACCCCCAUCUCAGUGAAACCUAUCCCAGUACAGCCCAUCCCAGUACAGCCCCCACCCUCCGGCCCCUCGCCGGGCAGAGUGACCAUCCCGUGGGACUCCGGCCCCCCGCGCUGUGGGGAGCAGCCCCCCAAGAUGAGCUGGACAAUGACCUUUUCCUGGCUGCCUGCAGGGAGCUGGAGGGGCCCGGGGGGCCGGGGGUGGCCCCAGUGCCGCCCAGGCACCGCCAGAAGCCGCCAGGGAAGGAGAACGCCCCGGAAUGCGGGAUCCCCAAAAAGCUGAGGGUGGCAGAGGAGCCGCUCCCCGGCUCUGGGGGGCUGCAGGGCCCCCUCCCCAGUCCCAAACUGGUGCUGCGGCCCAGCACGGCCGGGGCUGGAGCCCCCAGACCCGCCUCGGGCCCCCCCAUGGAGCCUCCCAGGCCUGUGCUCCAGCAGCCCCCCGGCCCCCCGAACCCCCCCGUGGUCACCAACCACCUGGUGCAGCUGGUGACAGCGGCCAGCAAAGCCCCCCGCAGCCGGCCCCGAGCCCCCCCGGGCAGGGAGAGCCGGCGCUUCCCGGGGCCAGCAGGGCUCCUGCCCCAGCAGCACUCUGGGAAGCUGCUGGAGGAGAUCCUGGUGUCUGCCCCCCAAACUCCGGCUCACGGGGCCGUGGCGAAGCCGCGGGCUCAGGCACUGCCCAGCUCCCCGCUGCCCGCGGAGGAGGAUUUUGGGAGGGGGCCCUGGCUGGCCAUGAAGACAGAGCUGGGGCUGGAUGAGAGGGACCCCAGCUGCUUCCUGCACACCUACAGCGUGGUCAUGGUGCUCCGCAAGGCAGCCCUGAAGCAGCUCCCAAAAAACAAAGUUCCCAGCAUGGCCGUGAUGAUCAAGGCCCUGACCAGGAGCAGUGCUGGGGCUGGCGCCGUGUUCCGGGACCCCACAGGGGAGAUGCAGGGCACGCUGCACAGGCUGCUGCUGGAGCAGAGGCAGAGCGAGCUCCGCGCCGGCGCCGUGCUGCUCCUGAGGCAGGUCGGGGUCUUCUCCCCCUCCCACCGCAACCACUACCUCAACGUGACCCCCAACAACCUCCUCCGGAUCUUCCAGCCCGAGCCCGAGGGCUGCUCCCCCCGCCAGGUCCCUGAGCUGAUCUCAGACCCCCCUGCACAGCCCCCCAAGGGUGUCCCUGUUCCUGAGGACUGGGGACAGUCGAGGACAAGCGGACACAGUGCAGAGCAGCACCCUGGGGGCUUCUCCCUGCGCCCACCGAGCUCUGGUCCCAGCUGGGAGGAGCCGGUGGGAGCUGGUGGGUGUGACAUGGAUGACCUGGACGGGCUCCUGGGAGAGCUGCCCGAGGAUUUCUUCUCAGCCCCAGCUCAGGUUGACUGCGGCUGAGCCCAGUACAGGGGCUGGGGGUGACAGUGCCCAGGAGCAGGUGACACACCUGUCACCCACCUGCUUCUGUCUGCGUGUCUGUGGUGGAGCUGAGAUCUGGGGAGGGACACGGCCCCAGCACUGUCCCCACUGCUGGGGCCACACUGACCCCUCUCACUCCCAAACCUGCAUUAAAGGCUGUUUCGUUUGUGCAUCA